CCCAAAGUCUACGUCAACUGUUGAAUCGCUUUCACAAACCCAUCUGUCAAACACCGUGGAGAAGCUUUGAUUCAUUCGAUCAGUGUUUGUACAAGAAACUACGAAAUUAUUCCAGAACAAGUCACAAUGUCUGAAAACGGCGAGGCCAACACCACCACGAGCCCAACAGCGACCAACUCGGCGGAUGACGCCCGUCAAGAGCUCUCUGUUCAGCUUGAAGACCUUCUAAAUACACUCUCGAACAAGUUCGCUGGUGUCUCCAGCGAGAUCUUCGCCAAGAUGGACGAGAUGUCGAGGCGUCUAGAUAAUUUGGAAUCUCAAAUAAUGGCCGGAAAAGAGAAGCCAAACGGGCCAGCCUGAUUUUGUUUCGUCGUGCAAGUAAACAACCCACGUGCGAAAAGGAGUCGGGUUGAGCGAGCGUCAUGUGUGGGUCAAGACAUUUUAGGGCGAUGGAGUUUGGGUCUUAUACAUAGCAGGCGUCUAAACUAAUAUCUACGCGGGUAGAGCAGUUCACG